AUGGGCGACAUGGGCGCGGCGCUGCGCGCGGUGGUGGCGGUGGCGGAGCCCAAGGCGAAGGUGGAGGCGUACCGCGCGCUGCUGGCUGACGUCAUCGCGCGCAACGACGUGGAGCACGCCAAGCUGUUCGUCGACCACAUGCUAUCGGAGGAUGUGCCACUGGUGGUGGCGCGGCAGGUGCUGCAGCAGCUGGCGGGCGAGCUGGGGGGGCUGCGCGCCGAGCAGCACAAGGCCGUGGCGCUCUACGCCCUCGCGCACAUCCAGCCGCGCGUCGUGUCCUUUGAGGAGCAGGUGGCGGUGAUCCGAGAGGGGCUGGCAGCGGUGUACGAGGGCGAGGAGGAGUGGGCCAAGGCGGCGCAGAUGCUCGCAGGCAUCGACCUGGACGGGGGCAGCAGGGGCCAGGAUGUGAAGUACCGCCUGGGCAAGUGCAUCAAGAUCGCGCUGCUCUACCUCGAGGACGACGAUGCAGUGAGUGCGGAGACGUACAUCAAGAAGGCAUCCUUCGACAUUGGGGAGCACAAGGACGAGGCGCUCACACUGCAGUACAAGGUGUGCUACGCACGGAUUCUCGACUCCAAGAGGAAGUUCCUGGAAGCUGCGCUCAAGUACUACGACCUCUCCCAGCUGGACCAGAGGGAGCUGGGCGGCAAGCAGGUGGAUGAGGAGGAGUUGGAAGCGGUGCUUAACGCCGCUGUCACCUGCACCAUCCUCGCUGCUGCCGGCCCCCAGCGCUCCCGCAUGCUCGCCACCCUUUAUAAGGACGAGCGCUGCAGCAAGCUGAAGAUCUACCCCAUUCUGCAGAAGGUGUAUCUGGAGCGCAUCCUGCGAUCCCCCGAGGUGGAGGCCUUCGCCAAGGAGCUCAAGCCGCAUCAGAAAGCGGUGCUACCAGGGGGGUCAACGGUGCUGGACCGGGCAGUGAUAGAGCACAACCUGCUGAGCGCCAGCAAGCUGUACACCAACAUCAGCUUUGAAGAGCUGGGUGCUCUGUUGGGCAUUGCACCGCACACGGCGGAGAAGGUGGCGGCGCGCAUGAUAUCGGAGGACAGGAUGAAGGGCAGCAUCGACCAGGUGGAGGCGGUGAUUCACUUCGACAACGACACGGACGACCUGCAGCAGUGGGACCAGCAGAUUGCCAGUCUGUGCCAUGCGCUUAAUGACAUUCUCGAUGGUGUGGUCAACAAGGGAGGCAUGGCUGUCACAGUUUGA